AAAAUAUUUUGGGUCCAGCCAGCAACAGCAAGAGCAGCAGCAGCAGCAGCAGCGUGGAUAUUGGAGGCAUUGCGACAUUCCACCUCGCCGUCUACUACCCGACAUCGUGUCGAACCUCUCAACUACGACCGACUUCCCCGGCGCCAGCAUCCGGUCGAACAACGAACCCUCCCCCGCAAGGAAGGCAGCCGGGCCCCGACGACAAUGAACUCGCUACGGCCGCUGCCGCUGUUCAGCAGCCGCCUCCUCUUCAGCAAUGGCGGGCGGGCGACAACAAUAGGCGUGCGGUACGCCAGCACAGCAGAGGCAGCCGCCACGCCAGCACCGGCGGGGGUGCCCGUGCCGGCGAUACAAGGAGAGGGAAGACCGAAGAAGCCCGGCCACCGGUCCCGAUCCGUCCCGCCCCCGGGCCACGCCGAACGCAUCUACGUGCACAACCACAUCCUCGCCAACCACAUCAUCUACUCCCUCACCCCGGAGAUGAAUCCCACAAAAGCCUUCCGCCAAUUCGCCUACACGGGCAAGAAGCUCGUCCCCUCCAAGCUGCGCAAGGACUACUGGCGGCCGCUGGCCGUCGUGGAGUUCGGCGCCGGGCGGGGGGACGUCGGCCGCAGCGUGUUCCACAAGCUGCGCGAGCUCAAGAAGCGCCACCAGCUCGAGUGGGACGACCCCGAGAUCCUGGCCAUGGGGCGGCGCGACCGCGGCCACGCGCUCAACGACGAGCGCGGGAACGCCGUGGCGGAUAUCGCCGCGGUGUUGGCGGGGCGGGGGAAGGGGAAUCGGGUUGUUGUUGGUGGUGGUGGUGGUGGUGGUGGUGGUGCUGCUGCUGCUGCUGGUGGUGGGGGGGUUAAGAAGGGUGGGAAGGAGGGUGAGGAUGGGGGGAAGGCGGUGAAGGCGGUGCUGCUGGAUGCUGAGGGGAAGGAGGUGGGGGGGGAGAAGGAGGGGGGUGAUGAUGGGGCGGGCUUGCAGAGCGCUACCGUGUACUGGGCCAACGAGCAGGACAAGUACUACGCCGAGGCGUGGACGGGCAACGUGACGCAUGUGGUUGGUCUGCCGGAGAAGCCGGCGAAGGCGGCGAAGGCGACGGAAGCGGCGGCGGUGGAGGAGGCUGCGUCUGCCGAGACGGAGGUGGUGGCCGAGCCGGCGGCCGAGGCGGUGGCAGAGGCUCCCGCGCCGGCGACCAAGUCGGAGUGAUGGGUACAUACGGGGGCUUGUCGAUAGGGGAGGAGGGUAGGCAAACGGCUUGUACAAUGUGUACAGAUGGCGUCUGACUGGUUUCGGUUCGACAAAGGGCAUCUCGCCGCUGGCUACUGUAUUUGUAUUGUACACUGUAUAUCACGCAAUAGAAGGGCGUUUACAGCAGCGGCUC